AAAAAAAAAAAAAAAAAAAAAGAGGAUGGUGAGAAUCGUGAGAAGUUGUUUACAGUCCAUGUUGAAGCUCGUGAAUUCCCUAAUUGGGAUGGUUGGGAUCGCCAUGAUUCUCUACGCUGUUUGGCUUAUUAGACAAUGGCAAGAACAAAUGGGAGACCUUCCCUUUGCUGAUGCCGAUUCUGAUCACCCUGUUCCUUGGUUCAUUUAUUCCUUUCUCGGUCUCGGGGCCAUUCUCUGUGUUGUCACUUGUGCCGGACACAUAGCUGCUGAAACCGUGAAUGGAUGUUGCCUUUACAUGUAUAUGGGAUUCAUUGUCUUGCUAGUUAUGGUUGAGGGCGGUGUGGUUGCCGAUAUCUUUCUAAACCGUGACUGGAAAGAGGACUUUCCUGACGAUCCAAGUGGUGCUUUCCACCGUUUCUCUAAAUUCAUUGAGUCGAACUUCAAGAUCUGCAAGUGGAUAGGUCUCGCUAUCCUCUGUGUCCAGGGUCUAUCAGUUUUCUUGGCAAUGUUGCUCAAAGCUCUUGGACCUCACCCUCACCUUCAUUAUGACAGUGACGACGAGUACAAUGUAAGCACAGUUGCACUCCUGCAGGACGCUCGACAGCCGCCUCCAUACGUUGUUGGAGAACCCAUGUAUGUACCCAAACCGGGAGCUUGGACCGUUAGGGUAAUGAAAGGGCAAACCGGUGAGAAAAACGAGUCUUCCCUUUCCAUGUGUGCAACUACUUUGGCUUCUUGUUUCUUUCACUUUCUCUUUCACUAUUAUCUCUUGUAAAUCCUGAAUUCACAUAUACAUAUUGGAGAUAUUGUUCCUACAAUUAUAAAAAUUAUGUGAUCAAUGUGAAUCUCUCUCCACUCUUUUAGGUUUAAGCAUCAUUUCAAAUGUUGAAUCUUCAUUAUGCAAAAUAUAAGAAACAAAAGAAACAAUAAUACAUACAUGUUCUCUGGGUUGUUAAGUGACAACAAAAGAAGUCUCUUUCGUUUGUUAAACCCCUUUUAAAUAUUUGGGUUAUUAUAUGGCCAUAAUCACCUUUGAUCACCCACAUGCACAAAGAAGUCUCUUACCUAACGCAAGAUUAUAAAGUAAAACCAAUACACUUGAGUUUCACUUUGAACAGGGAUCAAAAUCCAAAGACGAGAUUCAACUUAGUAAAGACAAGCCAAUAACCUCAACCCAGAGCAGAGUCAUAACAUAAACCGGAAAAACAAAAUCCAAAGUUGCGAACAAAAAAAAAA